AUGCGGCCCCCUACACCUCCCAAAUGGUGCGAUUCACCUCCUCCAUAUCAAGAAUGGGAUUAUCCGGAGGAACCCGGUCCACCUCCCCCAUAUCAAUAUGAUUAUGAUUAUGCAGAGAAUACCAUAUCGCUCCUGGACCUCCUAUAUAUCGGUAUGGAGAACGGAGUUGACGAGAAGGGACAGACACCAACAAUAGAUUCUGUAGAGAAGGGCACUACAGAAAGGGACGUCUCAACCGCUGAGAUGGAAAUCGAAGCCAAAGACGCCGUCAAUAAUAAAGCUGACAUUGUACUGAAGUCAGCUGAAAUUGAAAAUCAAGAAACUGACGUGGAAAACAGAGAAAUGGACGUCGAUAAUAGAGACACAGACGUAGAAAACGUUGAAGUAGACAUGGUCGAGGAUUCCGCUAGUGAAGAAGACGACGCCUGUACACCUCCUGAUGCUGCAAUGGAUGUGAAUGUAUCGUGCGACGACGAAUGUGCGGAGCCAAUAAAGAUAGUUGAAGACAUGCCACGUUGUGAAAGUGAUUACAUGACGGAGGAAGAAGACGAUCCCGAUGAUCUGUAUAAGCCUGAAGGCACAAUCUACCUCGAUAUCGAUGGGUUUAGCCAGUUCUGUAAAGGAUCACCAGAAACUCAACAACGUCUCUCAAAACCUGUAUUUGUACGCGGGCUUCCAUGGAAGAUCCUGGCGAUACCGAGGGAUGCGGCCAGAGUUGGUACGGGUACACGACCGAACAAAGCGUUAGGGUUUUUCCUGCAGUGUAAUGGUGACUCUGACGCUGUUGCUUGGAAUUGCAUAGCCUCAGCAUCUCUGAAGGUGCUUGGUCAGAUAGAAGGUUUCGAUGACCAUUCACGACGGAUAACACAUACAUUCUAUCCAAAGGAGAAUGACUGGGGAUACUCACAAUUCUUAACGUGUGAUCAUCUAAUAAAUCCUGAAAAUGGUUUCAUAAAGGACGAUACUAUUCGCUUAGUCGUCCAUGUGUCGGCAGACGCUCCGCACGGUGUACAAUGGGACAGUAAAAAACAUGCUGGGUAUAUUGGACUUAAGAAUCAGGGUGCCACUUGUUAUAUGAAUUCUAUUCUACAAACCUUAUAUUUUACAACGAAGUUGCGAAAGGCAGUGUACGAUAUGCCGGUAUCACAAGAUGAUUCAGAAAAUAAUGUUGCCUUGGCCAUGCAGCGGGUAUUCUAUGAUUUACAGCACUCUGACCGUCCAGUUGGAACGAAGAAGCUGACGAAGUCGUUUGGUUGGGACUCGUUGGAGACGUUCAUGCAACAUGACGUUCAAGAACUGUGUAGGGUAUUACUGGAUAACCUGGAGAGUAAAAUGAAGAAAUCUCCUGUAGAGGACACCAUCCCCAAUUUGUUCCGUGGUGUCAUGAAGUCAUAUAUUCGUUGCACUAAUGUCAGUUUUGAAAGCAGCAAAGAAGAACCUUUCUAUGAUAUUCAGCUCAAUAUUAAAGGCAAAAAUAAUAUCAUGCAAUCGUUCCGCGAAUACGUUCAAGUUGAACGGCUGGAUGGUGAGAACAAGUAUGACGCUGGUGAUUACGGUAUGCAGCCAGCAGAAAAAGGCGUGAAAUUUGUCUCGUUUCCACCAGUUUUGCAUUUGCAACUGAUGCGCUUCCAAUACGAUGCAACUCUUGAUGCCAAUGUGAAAAUUAAUGACAAGUUCGCAUUCCCGGAUAAGCUGUGUCUGAAGGAGUUUAUGGAAGGAAAUGGAGAGGAUUACACCUAUUGUCUACAUGCUGUUCUUGUUCAUUCUGGUGACUUCCAUGGUGGCCAUUAUGUUGUAUUCAUCAAUACUGGGCUACGUCCCCCAGGAGAGAAAUACAAGCCAAAGUGGUGCAAGUUUGACGAUGAUGUCGUUUCGCGAGCAACAGUUAGGGAGGCGGUUAUGGCCAACUAUGGAGGAGAUGAUGGCGAAUCGACGGGAAGAACUUAUACGAAUGCAUAUAUGCUUGUCUAUGUCAGACAAAACGAUGUUCUUUGUCAAAAUGAGAACCUCCAAGUACCAGCCCAUUUGGUGCAGCGAUUCGAGAACGAACGCGAAGAGGAAAAUAAGAAGAAGAAGGAAAAGCAGGAAGCUCAUCUGUAUACCGAGAUUGUUAUGGUCACUGAUGAGCAUCUCGCCAGUUAUAAUGGGUUUGAUCUGGUUGAUCCGAAAUUACUGGACGACACUGGUCUGCCACGCGAGAAAAUUGAAAAGAACAUGACAAUUCCUCAGCUGUACGACUAUGUGAAGAGCAAACUUUUCUCCAGCGAAUCUGAGCAUGAUAUCCCUGCUCGGGAGAUGUUCAGAAUUUGGAAAUUUGAAGAGACCACCUACAAGGACGAGGGCAGCAUUAUGUCGGCAUUACCUCGUUUGCGUCCAACAUCAUUGAUACCGCAUUCUGAGGAAACACAGGAGAAGACGCUGGAAGCUGUUCUGGAGAAUGACCGUAAUUUGUUGUACAUAGAGACCACUGCGUCCCACUCUUUGAGAAGUUACAAUGAAAAUUCUGAAAUGUUAAUGUUCCUCAAGUACUAUGAUGAAGAGUCGCGCUCCCUGCGAUAUGUAGGACACUUCAUAGUCGCUUAUCGUCAAUGCAUGUCUGCUUACACCAACGAAUGUUUGAAACUUAUUGGUUUACCUGAAGGCACACCACUCCGCUUUUACGAAGAAGUCGCACCUGAUCGCAUCCGCUUAAUUGAAAGCUUGGGCAAACCGCUCUGUGCUGACAACACCGUGGUUGAAGUGAGCGAUGGAGGGCUGUUGAUUGCUGAGCGUCAGGAUCGUACGAGUGACACCAACAAUGCCAAAUUGCACCUGGACACACUGUACAAUACUAUAGACAUUGAAGCGAUCGCUAAUAACGAUUCGUUUGUCUCCAGUCAUGCUGAAAUUGAUCCACCAAUUACAGGAACUAUUGGAUUGAAUUGGACCAUGCGACAGCUAGUGGAUUAUAUUGGUAAAGAGAUCAAUUAUGAUCCGGCCAAAAUCCUUUUGUGGCGUGUGUCACCGUUCAACGAUCGUGCCACUCAAUUUCUGACGGAUGCACAAUGCAAGGUAAAGAAGCUCAUACCUGUCGUG